AUGGCAGACAAAGUAAAGCAGGAAGGAAACUCCCCGCCGAAAGACUCCAUCUUGACCCUCCAGGGAGAAUCCAACUACGCCUCUUGGCUUCAAUCUCUCAUUCACCAUAUCGGCCCUGAAAACUGGAAGAUCUUGAUGGAAGAUGAACCACGCUACGACCUCUUUCCCUACGCUACCUUUGCUUCCCUUACCGCUGAAGCUCAUAACGUUCAUGCACCAGAUUACAAAUUCUCAGCCCUUGAAAGUUCAACUGCACCCAUCAGUAGUCAAAUCUACUUGCUCGAGGAUACCAGAUGUCAACAGCGGGAAAAGGCCUUCUCAGCCCUGUGGGCCACUCUCAACGACGAAGCCAAAGACCUCAUUCGAAACGUCUCCAGCCCUUCCAAGGCUUUCAAGAAGCUCCGGCUUUUCUACAGUAAACCGAUACACCAGACUACAGCCGCACGAUGGUCCAAAUGGACCAGCUUUACGAUUCACCGCCGACCUUCAUCCGUGCGAAUUCGUGCGCCGUUUUUGGCAAAAUACCUGCAAGAAGUCGAGGAAAUUAGCGAUAAGCUUGAUCAGAAAGCCGUCUUUGCGCAAUUUGUCAGCGCCAUCUCCGGGACCGAUGACCACUUGAGCCCCAUCGCCAAUUUCCUCAACGAGAUGCACGUCGAUUUGAAAAAUCCGGCGUUGAUGCCGCAGGUGUGUCACGCUUUUGUACAACAUGCGAUGAAGGUGCCUGCCGCGGUGGCCCCCCCGGUGACACGAAGAUUACCUUAUUGGGGUAAACCCAAGAAUUUUUUCAGAAAGUCCGAGUACUGUCCGUUUCACAAACGUAUGGUCAAGCAUUCUCCGUCGGAAUGUUUCCUCGGCCAGAGAGUUGCAGGGCAGGUGCAGAGAUCUGCUGCACUGACUAACGACACUGGCAACGACCUCCCGAGCAGAAAGAGACCUCGAGUGGAGGCUCACGAGUCGAUCCGACACCCCAGCCAUAUGAAGUACUCUGGUCGACGGUGUUGA